AUGAGUAGCGAAAUUGACGACAGAUUGAGCGAUUUACCCGAUUCCAUUCUUCAUCUCAUUCUCUCCUUUUUGAAUAUCAAACAAGCUUUCCAAUCUUCCGUACUCUCAACAAGAUGGAAGAAUCUCCCAAACCAUCUUCCAUCUCUCAGAUUAACUGCCCAACACUUCAAAUCCAUGGAAAGUUUCACCAAAUCAGUAUCUCAGAUUUUAUCUCAUCGCGAUAAUUCAACUGUCCUCCACACUCUAGAAUUUACCCGCCCGGAGGAUUUUGUGGAGUUUCAUAUAAUCAAAAGUGUUGUAAAAUUUGCUGUAACUCACCAUGUCAAGCGGUUACAGAUUUGUAUCACUAGUGAUAUUCAACUAUUUCGACGAUGCUUGUUUUCUUCGCAAACCUUAACAUCUCUUCAACUUUGGGUCCACGAAGUUAUUCAAGAUUGGAAAAUGUUAUUUCCGAAUUCUUUGAAUUUGCCUUCAUUAACAGACUUAUCUUUGGCAGGCUUCUGCUUUGGCCCUGGCGCUGGCAAUGAUGGUUGCGCCGAUUGCGCUGAGCCGUUCUCGGCUUUUAACAAGCUGAAUACUUUGACCAUUCUGUCUUGUAGAGUUCUGAAAGCACGGAAUCUUAGUAUAUCAAGUACUUCACUUGUGAAUUUAACUAUGUCGGGAUAUUAUUUGAAUAUUGAUGACCAAUUCCAACUCCAUUUAUGUGCCCCGAGUCUUCGUAACUUUGCUUUUACCGGUACUCCAAAUCAAAAACUUUGUCUGAGCCAUCCUUGUUCUCUUCAGCACUUAUACAUUGAUUCAACAGACAUAAGCGCCAAUUUUACGGUCGAAGGUUCCGUAACCAUGGUCGAAGAGGAUUCUACACUCUUACUCAGCUGGCUGCAAGAGCUUCCUAGUAUCAAAUCAUUGACAGUCUCUUCUAAUACUCUUCAGGUUCUCUCUUUUGUUCCUGAUUUAUUCAAGGUUAAAUUCAGUUCUAUGUGUAACUUGGAGUCCCUGAAAGUAGAAAUGAAACCGCUUACACGUGAAUUAGACAUGAAAUUGGGAAUAGCAGCGUCGUUGAAAGAAGAUGAAGAUACCAAAUUUAAUUUGAGGCAAGGUCCAUUCAUACCUGAUGGAGUAGUGGAUUUUUUGCUUCAAAACUCACCGUCGACAAAGGUUAACAUCAUACCAAUUAAUGCUAGAGGAUUUUGA